AUGAUUCCUCCCGAGUCCGCUGACUCGCCGUUGAGAGCCGCGGGUUCAAGGCCUAGCUUAGGCAGAGAGGAUUCCAUUCUUGGUCCAGACGAUUUCGAAACACAAAGCCAUGCAAGCUCCCGCGGCCAUGGUAGUACACAGUUGCACGACCCCGCCGCGGCGGCUGACCACGAUGGACUCGACCCCCACGGCGAGGAGAAUACACGAGAAGGAGCAGGCGAUGGCCACGACUCGGCGCCUCUCGAUAAGGAUGGUAGGCCAGCAUGGAGCGAAAUGAAAACAAAGGCGGGCAAAGAGAGAAAACGAUUACCGCUGGCCUGUAUAGCCUGUCGUCGGAAAAAGAUUCGAUGCUCCGGCGAAAAGCCGGCAUGCAAGCACUGCACCCGCUCCCGGAUACCAUGCGUUUAUAAAGUGACCACGAGAAAGGCGGCUCCGCGGACAGACUAUAUGGCGAUGCUGGACAAACGGUUGAAACGAAUGGAAGACCGCGUGAUCAAGACGAUCCCAAAGGAUGAGACCAGAGACAUGCAUUCAAUUGGGCGGUCGGUUGUCAAGCCUUCUGCGCAAGCCCCAACCUCCAAGGCUCAGAAAAAAAGAAGUGCGGAUGAGGCUUUUGCAGUUGAAAUCGAGAGCUGGGCGCAAGAAGACCGCCGCCCGUUGCAUGAGACGUUCCCAAUGAACCGAGAAGCGAAAUCCAACGAUGGCACCGGGCUUUUGACGGAAGGGGCCGAGUACCUACCUUCUUUGGAGAUCCAGGAACAUUUGGCAGAGGUCUUCUUCGACUGCGUCUACGGACAAUCAUAUCUUCUGCUUCACAAACCCAGCUUCAUGCGUCGUCUGAAGGCCGGCUCGGUCCCUCCUGUCCUCAUUCUGGCCGUCUGCGCUGUCUCGGCGCGGUUUUCCACGCAUCCGCAGCUGAACUCCGAUCCGCCUUUCCUUCGAGGUGAAAACUGGGCCAAUCCCGCUGCUGUCAUUGCUUUGAGCAGACAUGACGAGCCGAACAUCACCAUUCUCACUGUUUUCCUUCUUCUCGGGCUCCAUGAGUUCGGCACGUGCCAUGGUGGACGAAGCUGGUCCUUUGGAGGUCAGGCAUUGAGGAUGGCAUAUGCACUUCAACUACAUCAAGAGCUCGAGAGUGAUCCACUUUUGGGUAAAGGCAACGGUGCCGGCUCGCAAUUGAGUUUCACGGAUCGCGAGAUUCGACGGCGUACCAUGUGGGCUUGCUAUUUGAUGGACCGAUACAAUUCUUCAGGCAGCCAGCGGCCGCCGAUCGGCAAUGACAGAUUUCUGCAGAUUCAGCUGCCAAUAAAGGAGUCACAUUUCCAGAUGGAGAUUCCAGGGCCGACGGAAGAUUUGGAUGGGGAGGUGCUGAAUCCAGUCCCCGACGAUUCUGGGCAAAUAUCCAACGCCAGAGAGAACAUGGGCGUAUCAGCCUAUAUCAUCCGAGCCAUCGUCAUUUGGGGUCGCAUCGUUGAUUAUCUGAACCUUGGCGGGAAAAGAAAAGAUCCUCAUCCCUUGUGGCAUCCGAGUUCGGUAUAUAUGCAAUUGAAACGGCAAAUCGAGGAGUUUUCGGCUUCACUUCCCGGCGUCCUAGCAUUCAACUACGAGAACCUUCAGAUUCAUGCCGCUGAAAAGAUCGCAAAUCAAUUCAUCUUCCUUCACAUUAUCACUCACCAGAAUAUGCUGUUCUUGAACCAAUUCGCUAUCCCUCUGGCUCCCGGCGGCCGUCCGCCCCGCGGCAUGCCCAAACCAUUCCUGAGCAACGCUGGUCGAGCUGCUGUGGAAGCGGCCCAUCACAUCUCAGUGCUCUUCGAUCGGGCAUCUGCCUAUCCACUCACUGUGCCUUUUGCUGGGUACUGCGCCUAUACGGCCAGCACGGUUCAUAUCUGGGGAAUUUUCUCAAAAAAUGCGCAAUUAGAGGCUCGAUCCAAGGAGAAUUUGCGCCAUACGUAUCGCUAUCUCAACAAAAUGAAGAAGUACUGGGGCAUGUUCCACUACAUGGUGGAAAGUGCAAAAGAUCGGUAUCGGCAAUUCGCCGACGCUGCUAUUAGAGGAUCUGGGUCGGCUCAAGACGGUAGCUCCCUGGCUCCCAUGUUUCAGUACGGAGACUGGUUUGACAAAUAUCCUCACGGCGUGUCGAGAGUCCACUGGGAAGAUCCCGGUACACGGCAAAAGGAGUCGGGUGAGGAUGCAGUCAUGGGUCAGAAGCCCGAUCUUCAGAGUGUGGAGGAUUUCUUUGCCAGCCUUUCCCCGACACCGCGACCCAGUAUUCCUCGUCGCUCUCGUCCACGCAAGAAUAGCAGAUUCUCCGAUGGCACCUCGAACUCAAAUAUGGAGCAGUCGCCAUCCCAAUCUCUGGAUCUACCCCUGAGCGGUAACACGGCUAACGUACCAGCAAGCACUUUUCCUCAGCCCUCUCUUUUCCCGCCUGAUGCCACUAUGUCCUUUGGUCAACCACCCUUUGACUUUAGCAUUCCGCCAGACCAGCUGCCGCAGUUGGAUCGGCAAUUCGUUUACGGCUCCUUUGCCGAUUUCGAUCCAGCCAAUUUUGUCACUUCAAGCAACCCGGCGAUACCACCUCCACCACCAAUGGGUAAAUUCGAGACUCAGGCGCCUGAUCAACACCUUUUCACGGGGCACCUUGAUCCCGGUGCACCCUCGGGGACGGGCGAGUACUAUCAGCCCAGUGCAUGGUUCUUGCCUUUUAACCUUGAUCCUCUGGGUGGUGGUCCACCGCAAUCUGUGGGGGACACUGCCGCCGCCCCUGGGCCUGGUAGCGAUUUUCCCGGGUUGGGGAGCGUAGACGUUUCAAUGGAUGGGUUUGGUCUGUGUUUAGGAAGGUCCACAAGAUCGGAUUCACGACGAUGA